UCAGCACCUACAUCACAAACGGCUAUAAUAAAUGAUCUGGAAAGUGGACCCCUACCGGACAGUGUCAAACAAAAAUUGCCUGUCUGGAAAAAGUGUCCCAUAGAUCAGGUGCCUAUUGAACACCGGGUGUCCUAUGACAAACAGAUUAACGGAGAGACUGUAUAUGUGGGUCGAGUAAAGAACUUCUCUAAUUUAUUGCCCGGAAAGAUCGUUCCAUCUCGAAACCAAUGUCACGGCAGUGUUGGCGGUCGCGAGUAUAAACACUCGGAAUACGAGGUGCUAACAAACCCGCAUGGUGCUAAUUUGUGCUGGGUACAAUACGCCGGUAGUGGUAUACCAGAUGGUGCUGUAUUUGGUGGUCAAGAGUGGUCUCACGAUCAGGCCUAUCAUGGCAUGGAUGGUGAGACUUAUAUAACCCGGGCACUCGUGGAUGGGCACUGGGUAGCCGGAAAAAUGCACGCUAAACAGGAGGGUCUAAUGUGGUACCCGAGUAGGGGGGAUGAGCGGUCACAUACCAGCGAAUUUGAUAUCCUUGUAUUUAAAAUUUAA